UUCUCUUAAACCAUCAAAUUAUCGAACGAAAAUCACACAACAACACCGGUAUAAUUAAGUAGCCAGUUACAUUACAGUAGCACUGCAAGUCGUCGCCUGCGUUUACUGUUCUGAAACAAACCACACACUCUCCGAUCUCCUCUCAUUCAAUCCAACGAAUGGCCACAACCGCAGUAGGAGCAGCAUUUCUCCUGCUGCUACUUCUCCCAUUCUCCAUCUCCAUCCCUCAACCAAUCUCCGAUUCUCACCGAUCCGCCGCUUCCAAUCUCUUCAAUCAAAUCUCUCCAAGUUUAGAAGAUGCGUAUGAGGCACUGAGAGUUUUUGAGAUUCUCGCUAUUGAGAAGAAGCCUCUUGAUACCGCAGACACUUGUAAAAAAGUGUUGGAAAAUCUAGGCUCUUCUUCCCCUCUUAAGGAUGUGUUCUAUGCGUUGAAAGUUAAUGGCAUAUUAAAAUGCAAUAUUGAUGGCACAAUUUUCAAGGAUAUUGCCUCAAGACUUAAAGCCACUCUCCAUGAUGCAAGUACUUUGCUUGACAUAUACUACUCAGUUGGAAGUUUGGUUCUUAUAAAGGAUCAGGCUUCUGAUGUUGACGUUCUUCUUACUGAUGCUAAUGGCAUUUUUCAUUCAAUUAAGGCUCUAAGCCAAAGUGAUGGAAGAUGGCGCUACAGCUCCGAUAAUCCAGAGUCUAGUACCUAUGCUUCCGGAUUAGCUCUUGAAGGUCUUUCUGGAGUGAUUUCACUAGCAUCUUCUGAAAUUGAUCAGAGUAAGGUCAGUAUAGUAAAAAAUGGUAUUGUGAAGCUUUUUGACAGCAUUGAGAAGUAUGAUGAUGGAGCAUUUUAUUUUGAUGAGAAAUUUGUUAGAGGAUCUGAGCCUCAAGGUUCUCUUUCUACAACCUCUUCUGUUGUUCGAGGGGUUAAUGCGUUUGCUGCAGUAACUUCUGGGAAAAUAAAUCUUCCAGGGGAUACAAUAUUGGGUUUAGCAAAAUUUUUCCUCAGCAUUGGAAUCCCAGGAGAUGCCAAGGACUUCUUCAAUCAAGUUGAAUCAUUAUCCUUUUUAGAUAGCAACAGGAUUUCCAUUCCAUUGAUAUUGUCACUUCCCGAAACAGUAUAUUCGUUGACCAAGAAAGGCCAGUUUAAGGUCAAGGUCAGUACGGUGUUUGGUUCAGCUGCACCUCCUCUAACAGUUAAGCUUGUUCGAGCUUUUAGCACUGGUGCAAAAGAUUCAGCUAUUAUUGACAGCAAGGAGCUUCAGUAUAACCAAGAAAGUGGAUUUCAUUUCUUGGAUUCUUUCCCAAAAAAUGUUGAUGUGGGGACAUAUGUUUUUGUUUUGGAGAUUGUGCUACAUGAUUCUGAAAGUGAAAACGUCUAUGCUACUGGAGGCCAAAUUCAUGUGCCAAUAUAUGUCAUCGGCGUUAUUAAAGUUGGCAAUGCAGAAAUUGCAGUUCUGGACAGUGAUCUUGGAAAUGUUGAAACCCAUAACACGCUAGAUUUGUCUGGAAAUGAUAUUGUUUCACUCUCGGCAAACCACCUUCAGAAGUUGAGACUGUCUUUCCAAUUAGAAACUCCUAAUGGUCGUGUUUUUAAGCCUCAUCAGGCAUUUUUAAAGUUGCACCAUGAAACUAAGAUUGAACACAUCUUUUUGGUUGGAAAUACUGGAAAGAAGUUUGAGAUAAUUUUUGAUUUUCUUGGCUUGGUGGAAAAACUUUUUUAUCUCUCUGGCAAAUAUGACAUUGAGCUGACUGUUGGUGAUGCUGUCAUGGUAUCUUGCACAACUUACUACUUUAAAGUUACCUGUUCUUCUCUAAUAUUAUUAUACAGAAAUCUGAAUAAAAAUAUUUUGUUUCAGGAGAACUCUUUCUCACGACUUCUGGGCCAUGUCGAAUUAGAUCUUCCAGAAGCUCCUGAGAAAGCAGCGCGUCCUCCUCUACCACCUGUUGAUCCUUACUCAAGAUAUGGUCCCAAUGCGGAGAUUAACCACAUAUUCAGGGCUCCUGAAAAGCGACCACCCCAAAAACUUUCUCUCGUGUUUUUGGGUUUGAUCCUUUUGCCAUUCAUUGGCUUUUUGGUCGGCUUGUUACGAUUGGGAGUGAACUUGAAGAAUUUCCCUGGUUCAACAGUACCUGCUACAUUUGCCACCCUUUUCCAUCUUGGUCUUGCUGCAGUUCUGUUGCUUUAUGUGCUUUUCUGGUUGAAGCUGGACCUAUUUACCACACUCAAAACACUUGGUCUUUUGGGAGUUUUUACAAUGUUUUUUGGACACAGGAUUCUUUCCUAUCUUGCUUUAACAUCGACCAAAUUGAAAUCUGCAUGAGUGAAACAAAUAAUGUCUAUUCAUAAAGAGAUAAGAGCAUUAGAGUUUUCCUCUAGAGUUAUGAUACUGAUCCAAUUUUGUAGGACCUUUGUUGUAUUAUUUAAUGACAAAUUUAGAGAUCAUUAUAUUGCACGAGGUAAGCUUUUACUUGA